AUAAUACGACUUCCUUGAAGGAAGAUGAUUCAACAUCACUCUCUCCACUACGAGACAUCCGAGGAGACACACCCGCUACUUCAAAUCCGCAAUCAGUGAGCAUUCCCUGACUCGUACAGCAUCUACUUGAUUACACAUGUACCACUUAUUAGCUGGCAGUGUCAGAGUAGAAAGCGAUCAAGGAGCGACUGUGAAGACGUAUCAGGAUACAUACAAGUGGACAAUAAGGUACAAGUCAAGUGGGUCAACAUCCCAAUGAUGUCGAUGAUAUUUUAUUAUCUUAUCUUUGCCAUCCUCCUGGGACAGACAGGCGCCUUCGUUGAAAUCAUCAAUGGGACCUCAGUCCGAAGAGUUCCUGGCUUCUUUUCUCCUUUAUUUCGAGCGCCACCUACACUGGAGCAUUUGUAUUUCGUCUCUCAGCUGCCCCCAGAGGCAUUUGCCUUCCCGGAACUGCAGAGACAAUUGAGCGAGUGCACGUUGGAUAUGUGCAUUGCCGUCGACGCAUCGGGCUCUCUCAAAAACGAAGAAUCGAACGGAAAGACGGACUCGGAAAACGAAAAGGCAUUCGCCACCAACCUCGUUCGCCGUUUGGCAAGCUUCGGUAACGACAUCUCCGUCCGAUACGCCAUCGUGGUGUUCGGGAGAAAAAUCCGAACUUGGUUUGAUUUCACUGAAAGCCAGAGCACGGAUCACAUUAUCUACAGACUGGAGACCAUCCCCUACCUAGACGGGCAGACGAAUAUACCGGACGCCAUGCUGGAGUGUCAGCAACAUCUCCUGAACUCCGGCCGCAAUGUUGAAAAAGUGGUUUUAGUCUUAACUGACGGAUCGGCAACCCCGGAUUUAGGAGCUGUAAGCGUGCCUGAGGCUGCCGAGUCGCUGAAAGCCAAUGGGAUACGCUCAAUCGCUGUCGGAGCAGGGAAUAUCAAUAAGACUGAGCUCCUGGUCAUUGCACAGGGCGACCCGAACUCCGUCUUCAUCGCAGAGGAUACCUCCAGCCUGAACAACUUGGUGGACGACAUCGGCGUGUCUUCUUGCGUCACCCCCUGCCCGUGGUCCCAGUGGACCCCUUGUGACGCCAGUUGCGGGGGCGGAAAGCAGACAAGAACAAGGAAAGGCUGCUGCCAAGGGUGUUUGGAUGAAGUUGACGGCAGAGGGUGUAACACCCAAGCUUGCCCAGCCAGGAUAAAAAAAGCUGCAGGACAUGCUCCAUGCACCUGCUGUGGUCACUCGUGUCAUACCGAUAACGGGCGUUGCUACUGCACCGGAGUUCAACCCACUUGCUACUGUGUUGGGUGGUCCCACUGGACCCCCUGUGACGCCAGUUGCGGAAGAGGAACGCAGACGAGAACAAGGAAACGCUGGUGCGAAGGGUGUUUGGAUGAAGUUGAAAGAAGGGCGUGUUACACCAAAACUUGCUCAGACACAGCCAGGCUACCACAAGGUGGAUGGAGUGGUGGAGGGAGUGGUGGAAGGGUAGCUCCAGGGGGUGGUCCAAGGGGUGCUCCAUGCAUUUGCUGUGGUCACCGGUGUAAUACCGAUCACGGACGUUGCUACUGCGCCGGAGUUCCACCCUUUUGCUUGUGUUUAGCAGAAGAUUGGUGGAGAUAAAAGAUUAGCCUCCCGUCGAGAGGAAGCAUAACCAGUUGAACAUAGAAAAGAAAACUAGUUUCUCACCUAAAUGUAAAACUGCAUUAUUUGGACUUUUUGUGAAUAUUGAGUUCAACAAUAAGUGGUCAUAAUAAAGAUUGCAGUUAAUUCCCUGUGUUUACUGCACAGUCAAGGCUCCAA